AUGGAAGUCUUGGGUCAAAAUUCUGGGUCCAAUCAUGAAGAAAUGUCAGAAUCUGAUAAGUAUUUGAUAAUCGAGCUUGUGAAUCUACGACUUCCAGUCAAGAUGCUGAUGCGUUCUAAAUGUGUAUCACCGCACUUGUGUCGGUUGAUCAACAGUCAGGAUUUUCGGAGGUUGUAUCUUCACCAUAACAACACAAACAGCGACAACUUCCAUUUGUUUGUGUCGAUCCGUCAGCCUCUUGGCCAAAAGAUGAUUAACACAUUAGGUUCUGUUGAUGUUUCUCAUAAUCAAGCACUAAGAGACGUUUACAGCAAACGGUUUAGCAGGGAUUAUGAAAUUGUGGGCUGUUGCAAUGGGUUAAUUUGCCUUUAUCGUGAUGUGGAAUUUAGACUUGUUCUCUGGAAUGCAUUCACCAGAGAGUAUAAAAUAUUACCCGAGCCUAGGGACUGCAAGAUUCGGGGAGGGCAUGAACAUUUUAGCCAUGGAUUUGGACAUGAUGGGGUGACAAAUGACUACAAGGUAGUCAAGAUCUUCCAAUCAUUCAAGGAUGGUAAGAUGUUGGUAACUGAUGUAAACGUUUACAGCUUAAAAUCAAAUUUGUGGACAAAGGUCGGAGAUUUCCCAUUCGGUGUGUCUGAUUUUCCCAAGAAUGGGUGUUUCCUAAAUGGUGCUUUACAUUGGUUGGCAUCAAUGAAUGAAUCAACUGCAAAACCAAUGAAUGAAUCAACUGCAAAACCCUUAGUUGUUAGGUUUAAGCUAGGUGUGGAAAAAUUUGAUCUGCUGCAAGUUCCAGAUGUUGACAGCGAUGAUGACCUCCGUUUGGGGGUUUUAGGAGAUUGCUUGAGUGUCUGUGCAUCAAAUGAGGAUUCCUCCACUGCUGUCAUAUGGGUGGCAAAAAACAGGGAACCCUGGACUUGGAUUAAACAACAUUCAGUUGUGUUUGAAGCCUCUGACAAAACCAAUAUUAGGACUUUGGCAUAUACGGAUAAGGGUAAAAAACUUCUCCUAACUGUCGGGUCCAAGACUUUGGUCUGGUAUGGUUUGAGGGAUGAAGAAGACAACAAAUUUUCCUUACCUCGUCACACAAUUGGUUUUGAAGCUGCUACAUGCAUUGAAAGUUUGGAGUCACUCGGUGUUGAUAGCAGAGCCGAUGUGUAA